AAAAUAGCCCGAGGGCAGCGCCCGGCUGCUUUCGCGCUGUGCCAUUUGGAAAGUUACGCAAGGCAGGUGGGCGGCUCCUCACACCUGGCUGUGAAAGUUACCCGAGUGUGCCCGGACAUGUAUUGCCUUCGAAAGACAAUGUCCAGCCAGUGGGGAGUUUGCCACCCCACUGGAAGAGGGCCCUGCUGGGCACGGUUUGCUCGCUUGGCAGCAGCUGAGUGUACCGUCUCCUUGUCAUGGCAACCAUUGUCCCGGAAAAACUUAACCGCCUUUUCAUUAAUGUGCAGCAGCUUUGGCAGGUGCCCAGGCUUCUGGGCAGUGCCUUCCCCUCUCCUCACUGCACUGUGGGCACCUCAGAGGUGCCGAGGGUCUUCUGGAAGCCCUACAUUCACGCUGGCUACAGGCCCCUCAACCGCACCUGGACGUAUUACUUCCUGACGCUUUUCCAGCAGCACAACGAAGCGGUCAACGUCUGGACGCACCUCGUGGCUACUCUGAUCCUGCUACUGCGAUUCUGGCGGCUUUCCCAGACGGUGGAUUUUGUGAGCGACCCUCAUGCCCAUCCCCUGUUCAUCAUUGUCCUGGCUUCUAUCACCUACCUCACCUUCAGCACCCUGGCUCACCUCCUGCAGGCCAAGUCCGAGUUCUGGCACUAUAGCUUCUUUUUCAUGGACUAUGUGGGCGUCGCCAUUUACCAGUACAGCAGCGCCUUGGUGCAUUACUACUAUACCAUUGAGCCAGACUGGCACUCCAGGAUCAUGGGUUUUUACAUGCCUGGGGCUGUUUUACUGGCUUGGUUAUCCUGUGCAGGUUCCUGUUAUGCUAAAUAUCGAUAUCACCAGGUUCCUCGCCAUCUGAGCCGCCUGUGUCAGGAAGUGCCCUUGGGUCUGGCAUAUGCGCUAGAUAUUAGCCCAGUAAUUCACCGGCUGUACACUGCUCAGCCCUCUGAGCAGGGGGAUCCAGCCCUGUUAUAUCACAAGUGCCAGGUGCUCUUUUUCCUGAUCAGCGCCUUCUUCUUCUCUUACCCUUAUCCGGAGAAAUGGUUUCCCGGAAAAUGUCACCUCUUUGGGCAGGGGCACCAGAUCUUCCACGUGUUCCUGGUGCUCUGCACCCUGGCCCAGGUCCAGGCGGUGGUGCUGGACUAUGAGUCAAGGCGGGAAAUCUACACCAGCCUGCACGGUGACCACACUCACAAUUUCUCUGCCAUGUGCCUCUUCACGGGAGCCUGCUGCCUCCUCACUGCCGCUUACAUGACCAGCAAAGUGAAGUGCAAACUGAACUGCAAGGGACAGUGAAUGCUGUGGAGGGGAAAUUCCCCACUCUCAGCUCCAGCUGUUGGAGGGAAUGCCACUCUAACAACCUGGGCCACGUCUGGCUGGGGUGCAGGGGUGAGGGAGUGCUUGGAAGCCUGCUCUUGUUAAGUGGGCCGCAAAGGGAGAGGCUGGGAGUUUGUGCUCGUUGGGGUUUGAUGAUGCACACACAGAGCCUGGAAAGGUGCAUGUGUAAAUGUUUUUAAAAUGUUUUCUGUAUCUGCUCCUUUUCUGCAUUAGAAAUGCAGGCCCUGCCUUUCAAAGGCCUCAACUCAGACCUGGGAGCAAGCCCCUCUUUGCUAAAUAUGCAUCCUGUGGCCCAGAAAUCUAAGGGCUGAGACCGGUGACUUGCUCAGCUGCGCUCCUCAGCGUGUCUCCAUGCAAAGCCAGGUGUGGCCAGUCUUAAUAUUCCUCAUAUUCCUCAGGCAGAGAAAACAAGUCCAGCUUGUCUUUACUUGCCGCGAGGGCGCAAACCAGGGAACAAAACAAACCUUUUUUCUGUUCAGAGCCCUUUAUUAGAGAUGCUAAAUUGCAGUUUAUCAGCUAAUCAAGAAGAGAUGGAAUUUCCAUUGACUACUCGAUUAGUCGAUGGGAGGGGGCUUGCUACCCCCACUGCGGCUCUGCUGUUUAAAUGUAGUAGGAAUCGAGCCAUUUAAGCUGCAGAGCCGCAGCGGGGGUAGCUCCCAGGGGUGGCAGGAGCUGGGACUAAGCAGUCUCUUACUACCCUUGAAAUGCAGAGCUGCAGCGUCCCAGAGCUGGCAUGACCCAGGACUGCUUAGUGCUGGCUCACGCCGGCCCCGGGAGCUACCCCUGCUGCGGCUCUGCCUUCUGUGCUCCCCACCUCCCUCCCCGCACCACGGAGCUGGUGCUGGGGGGAACCGGCUUUUGACACAGAGGAAGCAAGGGGGGGCAGCGAGUAGUCGACCACUCCCAUACAUCCCUACCUUUUAUAGUCACUUUUCCUGGCACAGAGACGGACAGGUGGCCUGCCCUUCCCAGUACAUAAGACAAGCGCCAGCGACGACUGGGCCCUGUCAGGAGAGGGGAGGCGUGUCUUAGAAACGAGGAGGCGGAGGAGUGGAUAGAGAUGGAUUUGUAGGCGAGCUCGGAAAGCAGGAAGCCUUGUCAAUACAUUGACCCCCUAAAAGUUCCCUCGGGUGACCCCACCAGUGCAGGUCCAUGUAGCACUGCACCAAGGGAGCAGAGACGCAAGCCAUUCCUGUGUCCUGCCCCGCAAAAUUCCCGGGGGUGACGCCCAGCAGUGAGGGCAGCCUAGAACGGGAAUGGACAGUAACUAAUUGCAAGCCAUUCAUAUAGAAAGGGCCUCAUUUGCAAUGUCACUGCUCCAGAUUGCUGCUCAUAGACACGCUCCUGCGGGACACACGCUCACUAGGCCUAGGUCAGUGUCCUGAGACACUCACCCUGCUAGCCAUUAUAAUACAGAUGGUCAAUAUAAAUAUCCUAAUACAGGCUGAACCUCUCUGGCCACUGGGCUAGGGCUCCAGCCUGC